GCUCGUGUCUGUAAUAUGAUUGGCUGUCUCUGCAGCCUCCAGGCUCGCGGCUAUAUAGGCCUGCACUGUCCCACGGUGCAUCAGAGCGCAGAAGGAGCGGGGAGCGGAGGAUCCGAACUGGACACACCGUGAACUUUCACUGCUGGAACUCACUGAAGAGAUCCUAAUUACUCGUUAAGCGUCGGGCCAGUCUGUGGAACUCUGCUGGAAUAUUGUUCCGGGAAACUUUGGUCUUGACCACACCAUAACACCGCGGACAAACACGCUCUGACUCAGACCCACGCCAGGCCUGGAGCAAAGCCCAGUGUGUGGAUGUCUGUGAACAUGUGUGUGUGAGUCUUGAAGCGUGUAUAUUAAGACUGUUGAGUGCCUUUCUGUGAGCGAAUGUCGUGCUGUGUGUGUACGAGAAUGAGGGCUGUCGCCGUUCUGCUGUGUCUCCUGAUGGCCGCCGAGGUCGGAGCCUCUCGGUUCGUCCGGGACACCCAGAGUGCCCCCGAAGCUUCAGAACCCUCAAAGAACAACGCCUCCAUCCCGCGUCCGCCCCUGCAGCCGGCCCGUCCGCGGGGCUCCUUCCCUCCCAUGUGCAUCAAGCCCACAGAGAUCAAGCAUGCUUUCAAGUACGUGAACACCAUUGUGUCCUGCUUGAUCUUUGUGGUGGGGAUCAUCGGCAACUCAACGCUGCUGCGGAUCAUAUACAAGAACAAGUGUAUGAGGAACGGACCCAACGUCCUGAUCGGCAGCCUGGCUCUGGGGGACCUGCUUUAUAUCAUCAUCGCCAUCCCCAUCAAUGUGUACAAGCUAAUUGCCGAGGACUGGCCGUUCGGCGUGUACGUCUGUAAGCUGUUGCCGUUCAUCCAGAAAGCUUCAGUUGGAAUCACCGUUCUCAGCCUGUGUGCUCUCAGUAUUGACCGCUACCAUGCAGUGACUUCAUGGAGCAGGGUGAAGGGGAUGGGGAUCCCUCUGUGGAAAGCAGUGGAGGUGACUCUGAUCUGGCUGCUUGCUGUGGUGCUCGCAGUCCCUGAGGCGCUGGCGUUUGACAUGCUGGAGAUGCCGUACAGAGGCAACAAGCUGCGCGUGUGUCUGCUGCAUCCAGAACAGACCACCAGCUUUAUGAAGUUCUACCAGGAUGUUAAAGACUGGUGGCUGUUUGGCUUCUAUUUCUGCUUCCCACUGGCCUGCACAGCAAUCUUCUACACACUCAUGUCCUGCGAGAUGCUCAGUCGCAAAAAAGGCAUGCGCAUCGCACUCAACGACCACAUGAAACAGCGGCGGGAAGUAGCGAAGACAGUGUUUUGCCUUGUGUUGAUUUUCGCUCUCUGCUGGCUGCCCCUUCAUCUCAGCCGUAUUCUGAAGAAAACAAUCUACGACCAAAAUGACCCCAACCGCUGUGAACUGCUCAGCUUCCUGUUAGUGAUGGAUUACAUCGGCAUCAACAUGGCCUCCCUAAACUCCUGCAUUAACCCAAUUGCCCUCUACUUUGUCAGCCAGAAGUUUAAAAACUGCUUCCAGUCUUGUCUGUGCUGCUGGUGCUACAGAACAUCUUCCCUGGAUGAUCGGAGUUCAGGAGGACGCUGGAAGGGCUCCUGUCACGGGAACGGACUAGACCGCUCCAGCUCCCGCUCCAGUCAGAAAUACACAAGCUCCUCAUAAACACACAUCACACGCCUUUUCUUUGCCAAACCCAUGUUCCCAUCAGCUCCCAACAUGGAGAAACAGCGCUGUCACUGCCAACAAACCGCCAAUCAGAGCACAGUGAGGACGGAGAAAUGGAGCAUGGUAGAAGUCACUUCUACCAGACUUGUAGCAGACUGAAAGACGGACGGACCCAAAGUGCUGAAUGAAAUAACAAGGCUGUACUUGUUCAGGCUGUAAUACCAAGUGCGAAAACUUAUGAAGGCAACAUGUAACAGUUCAUAAUCCGACACUGAGGCUUGUGUAAAGGACUGAAAGUCUCUCAGUGGACCAACAUGGUGAAUACAUUUAUAAAGAAUGUUUAUUAAAGCUGCAUGUAGAUUUAUGUACAGGAUUAUUUACAUGCAGAUUGCAGACCUAUGAUUAUAUCUAGCAUUAGUGCCUCACGUAUGACUAGCAGCUCUGAUAAGUGCUACCUGUUGAAGCUGUGAUACCUCACAGGGAGAGAUAGAGGGAAACUGUGACCCUGAGUUAUUUUUUAAAAAUGCACGAGUGUGCCGCUGCAUGUAGACACGACCAAAAGCUGAUGAUUACCAAGCAAUCAGCUGCAUGCUGUCGCUGAGCUCCUUGACACCCACAUGCCCCGGUGACGUCAUACCAGAGCAAAAUGGGCCGCACUGUCAUGCAGAGAGCCGCUCAGCGCAAAUCUUUUAUCGGGAAAUCAUCUCUGCUUUAAGUCAUGUGGAGGCCAGCUGUUGUCCGAGAACACUGACAAACACCAGAUGAUUUCUGUCAUGCUACACAGAGAAGGUCAUUUAUUAGAACUUCUUCUUUUUUUUUUUUUUGUUCAGUAUCAAUGCUGAUGUGUUUCCAUUUUGUAUCAAGUCUUAACCUGUCUCUUACAAUGUAGCCUCUAUUUUUCUACGAAAAUAUCACAAAGCAUGUGAAGCUUGUAUAACCUUCAAACAUGAGGUGUCCAUUUAUCAUUUCCUAGUAUUUAACCUUCAUCAGUGAGUGGUCAUGUUACAAAGAUGUUGCUGCGGAUGGAAACUAGUCUGAUAAUUAUUUCUAAGAGCUGCCCAAGGAAAACAUUCCCAAAAUUAACCCGUUAGAAAAGCUUUAGGAAGAAAAAAUAAAUCCUGUACAGCUGGAUGUUUUUCAGAACUGAAUGUUUUUAGUAGAGAUUACAUUUCAUUAACUGUGUAGUGGUUGUAGAAAUUAUUCAGAGACACUGUUUCCAUUAACUAUAAUUCAGGUAAAAUUCAGGACCUCUAAUGUGUUUAACCAACAUAAUUUGUGAAGAAGAGAGCUAAAGAAGAAUCUCAUAAUAAGACAUGAGAGGAGAAAUGUGUUCCUAAUACUCGUUGAUAAACUCAGAGUCAGGACGUCUGUAGCCAGAGGUAGCUGCAAGCGCUCCGUAGUCACGUACUCGUGACAGAUCUUGUGAUGGCAACACAUCGUAAAAAAAAAAAAAUGAAUAAAAAUGACACUAUAUCUGGCUCUUUGAAAA